AUGUCUGGACUCGGAAAAGGUACGUAGAAUGUUAAAUUGUUGAUAGUAUUGGUAAGUUUAAGCCGAAAUAUCUCCGCGUCAUGUGCAGCGAGAUGUUUCAAUAGUUCAGGUGGAGGACAAGCAUAAUAAUGAUGCGGCUUACGAAGUAAAUGAAGUCCCUCUUCAUCGGCUUGAAAGAUGGUAAGUUCUUUUCUUCUGUUUUGCGUUGUUGAUUUCGGAAAUAUUCAACCACCACACCGUCUUCAUCAAUCCGAUUACAGAUGUGGUCUACUAAUGAGAAACACGUGAUCUUCUGGACCCCUCCUAUGCGCAAGACUGUUUGGUCCCGGCGACUAACCGAAUGCAUUCGCAGCCAGCCGUUCAACAACCCCAUAGGUACGCGAAAAAGUGCACAACUUUCCGGCUAUUAUUCCUAUUACAAUUCAGCCACCAUGGUUUAUUAUCUCUGUUACCUGAAUUACAUUUUUGUGACCUUCUUUAUAUCAGAUUUAUAUAUUAUAUCUGAUUUCUCCGAUAUCUGUUUCUUAGACGCCUUUAUUUAUUGUUAUUAAAGAUUAGUUAUUCAUUUAUUUUAUAGAAAAUGAACGAAGAGUGUUAGACUGUACUGUCCAAACUUUGUUGUCAAAGAAAAAAUGUAAAAAACAUCGUAUAUUUGAAAAGAACAGUGCUUUAUUUACUAAAUGGCAACAUUUCAAUUCGCCAUUUUUCCCCAAAAUCCUGCAGAAGUGGGCGGAGCCAAUAGGCGGAAAGAGUCUCGACCCACACUCUUCCCCCACCUUGAUGGCGGGAGCGUCUGCUCGAGACUCUUUCCGCCUCUCAGAUUCUUUCCCAAAUGGGAAGAGUUCGUAAACACACUCUUCCGAACGAAAAGGAAAGAGGCUGAAGCAUUUUUUUCAGAAGAUUUUUUCCACUCUUAUUCCUUCACUCUUAUUUGUUAUAAAAUGUUUCAUGAACUUUUAGGAUUUUGUAUGAUCAAGCGGGCAGGAACUAGGCGGAAAUCAUGGUUUUGGCCUAGUUCGAUUUAAUGAAUUUCGAUUUAAUCAACUAGGCCAAAACCAUGAUUUCCGCCUAGUUCUUGACCUUCUUGACCGCUUGCAUCAACUAGGCCAAAAUCUCGGUUUGGCCUACAUCGAUUUCUUCACCUUUGAAAUUUCUGAAAUCACAAACUUCAUGUGGGCAAAAAUAAAAUUUUUUUUUUGCAUACAUGAAAAAAACCAUCUAUGCCAAAAACAAAAAAAUUUUUUUUGCCCACAUGAAAAAAAACCACCUAUGCCAAAAAAUUUUUUUUUGCCCACAUGAAAAAAAACCACCUAUGCCAAAAAAAAUAAUUUUUUUUGCCUAGAUUAAAAAAAAAAAAAAAUUUCAUGUAGGCUAAAAAUGAAGUAAGUUUGAAACUUUUUGGAAUAAUAUAAAGCACCACUCUUAAAGUCCGAGGUUCGCCAAGCCUAGGCGCAAAUAAGGAAUGUUCCCGCUGUGGGACCCAAAACGGCGGGCCUCUCGCCGUUUAAAACAAAAAGUUUGUUUUUUUUGAUGCUAGAAAUCCGGAUAUUCGUACAGAGAAGGUGAAAGAUGAAUGGAGAUCACUGAAAAAGGUAUGUUUUUUGUCUUUUCUUAUUCAGAGCGGCUCGGCACAAAAUUUUACGAAUGCUGGACCUAUAUUUUUUGUGUUUUGAACGAUUGUAGGUGUUUUUUUACAUAAGGAAGCAUGAAAAUAGGUGUGGUCUCUCAAAGAACCGUCCAGGAGUGCUGAUGGUUGAGUUUUUGUCUAGUUGCAAGCAAAACCAUCACUAAAGUACCUAGUGUAACAUAACGUUUUUCAGGAAUCCUAAUCUAGAUGCAAUAAGGCCGCAAAACCUUGGCUUCGAAGGCUCUCUGAAGCCAGAACGAAAUUGGACGCGAUAAUUGAGGUAGAAAUCAACAAGAAACGUAAGUUUUUUAUGUUUAGAUGUGUUUUGAUUUUUUGAGUGGAAUGCAGUAACAUUUCAGAGUGUAAUUUCCUGAAUUUUCGAACGAAAAGUCGCGUUUUUAUGAGAAACAAACGUUGGGAUUGGUAUUUGAACGUUUUUACCAUUUACGCCAAUGGUUUACUCCUUUGAUCUUCCAAAAUGUCUAAUAUUGCGCGAAACCUGUAGAUAACUCAAUUUAGACAUUAAUUCUCGCUUGUUUUGAAUAUCUUAUACCAUCUUGAUCGCCUUAUUUCGAGGAAAAGUCUAUAGUCGUUGGAUUAGCUAAGCGCAAAACAGGCAUCCUGAUAGUUGUACAUUCCAGGUAUUGAUAAGCAAAUGCGAGUAAAUCGACGUUUAAUGGUGGUCUUCGCGGAUCUGGCUCCAAAGAUGUUGUUCAAACAACAGGAAGCGAUGCAACUGCAACCUCAGCAAGCUGUCCCUGUUUCUACCCCUCCAGCAGGGCACCACGACAUUUCCGGAAUUUGGACACUUCCGGAAUGGCGGAAUAGUGACACUUCCGGAAUGGCGGAACAGUGA